AUGAAAUCCUUUUUCUCGUUUGUCCCAUGGCUGCUCAUAUGCGCUUCCAGCAGCCAUGGAAGAUACUUGCCUAAUUGUGUCGAUGAAUCUACUUUUUUGACCCAAAAUGAGGUCUGUGACGCCCAAGCAUUGCCGAUGAGCCGCGCGGCAACACUGGUAUCUGCCAUGAAUGUCACUGAAAAGCUGGAAAACCUAAUUGAAGUGAGUAAGGGCUCCUCGCGGCUGGGCCUCCCGGCUUAUAAUUGGUGGAAUGAGGACCUGCAUGGAGUCAGCUUCUCUAUAUCCACUGAGAACCCAGUGGGGGAGUACUCGUCUGCCACGUCGUUCGCCACGCCCCUACUCCCUGCUGCUGCCUUUGACGAUGAGAUGGUAUACCAAGUCGCGGAUGCCAUUGGCACAGAGGCGCGUGCCUUUGGAAACGGCAAGCCGCUCUGGUCUCGACUACUGAACCCCGAACGUCAAUCCAUUCUCGCGACAUGCAAACACUACGCCGGAUAUGAUCUUGAAUCGUGGAAUGGAUAUAGCCGCUAUGGAUUCCAGGCCAACAUCACUCUACAUGAGCUCCAAUGUGUCCGCGAUUCGCAAGUCUCCGCCAUUAUGUGCUCGGAUAAGCUGGUCAACGACACGCCGACCUGUACCAACUCCUACCUAAUCGAGCGAAUUCUCCGGCAGCAUUGGAACUGGACAGCCACGCAUCACCAUGUGGUCAGCGACUGCGAUGUCGUGAACGAGACUGUCGCGCGUACACGCUACAAGCUGACCCUCGCAGAGUUCAGCGCAUUGAUGUUCAAUAGAGGAACCGAUCUCAUUUGUGCCGGAGACAGUCAGGCCGACGUGUCUGCUAUGUAUGACCGUUCUCUGUUAUCAAAGCAAAGAAUGGAAGUGGCAUUGCGUCGACGGUACGAAGCCCUGGUAUGCGCCGGUUACUUUGGUCCAAAUGCUACCGAUCCAUAUGCGUCUUUGGGUUGGUCAGCCGUGAACACAGUUGCCAGCCAGGCCCUGGCGCGUCGGUCAGCCGCGGAGAGCAUGGUAUUGAUCAAGAACGACGGUACACUACCACUUUCGAUGCCAAACGACACUAGAACAGCUCUUAUCGGCCCCUACGCCAACGCUACCUAG